AUGAGUUCAAAAUCAAAGGCCAAAGAUUCUAAAGCUAAACAACAAGAUAAAAAUCAACCAGCAGCUCCACCCGCUCUAACUCCAGAUUUUCCUGGUUUAGUUUCAAUAGAAGCGUUAAUGAGAGAAAGUGGCAUUCAAGAAUGGGACAAAGGAGUAUCAUUUCAAGUACAUGAUAUGGCAGUUCAAAUGAUAAAGAAUAUUGUAAAUACAGCUGAAAGUGUAAAGGAACACAGAGAAGGAAAAACUGUUGAUGAGGAUGAUUUGGCCGCUGCUAUUGAUUCGUUUCGUGAGUUUUAAAAAGUACUCUACUCUACUUUACUCUACCUACACUACAUUAUCUUAUCUUACCUUAUCCUGUCUUAUCUUACACUACCUUGCUCUACAUUACCCUGAUUCAUCUUGCCCCUCUUUACUCUACCCUACCCUAUUAUUAAACAUCUGUUACAACUUUUCAGGUGAAUCGCUAGCCGAAAAACCUCUAGAUGAAGCUGAAGCAGUAAAAACUAAAGUACAUCAUGUUAACGCUAUACCUCUGCCAACCGUAAAGCAAGAUUAUGGCUAUCAUUUACCGGCCGAACGGUACCUACAACUUCAAUCCGACUUCGUGCUUAAAGAUGACUUUGAAGAAAGUAUACGAAAUGCUUUGGCAUCAAGCUACGAGACCUCAUUCCCUCCACCACCAACUAAAAAACCUCAUAUGGAUACAAAAGUCAAUGUACAACAUGUUCAACAUGCUCCACGUAUAGUGCGUCCACCUCCAUCCGAAAACACUGGAACAUUUCGUAUUACUGUAUCUUCUAAUCCUGCUACAGUACCCACAAGUUAUGUUCCUGUUCAACAAGGUCAACCACAACCGUAUGUACAGUACUAUAGCGCUGAGAGGCAACAAGUAGUACAGAUGAACAUGGGGAGGGGUAACUUGGUACAACAGUCAGUGUCUGAGACAGAGGAGAAUACUGUAAUGCAAGCUUUUCAAACCGAGUCUGAUGGUAACACUGAUUUUGAUUAA